AUGAUCUUCUAUUUUGCAAUAUUUUUCCCGUUUGUAGGCGUUUCAGCCAUUUCAAUUGGUCGAGUUGACGUCCUGGUGUUUCCGUCGGUGGAAACAUCGAGAUCUGGAGUGAAGACGGUCAAAUUCCGAGCUCUAAACGAAGAAAUAGAACUGAAAUUACAACCUGCUGGCGAAAUAUUGGCAGAAAACUUUGCACUGUAUGAUGCGAACAAUCGAAUACUUCCCUCGAUCGAAGUACAAGACUUGAAAAGAAAAAUGUACAGAAAUAGUACUAAUGGAGUGGCUUUGUUAAUCGAUGAAGAAGGACCUGUUAAAAUUGAAGGAAUUGUAAAUUCAAACUUGAGAAUCGUACCGUACGAGUCGGGAAGGGCGGAUAGAGAUGGAAUAAUACCUCAUCAAAUUCUGGAAGUUAUAAGUGACAAAAACUCUUUUGGCCAUGACGAAGUCAUGUCUAUGGGUGUUAAAGAAACUAUGGAGAAAGUGGAGAGAAUGGCCAGAGACGAUCAGUGCAUAGUGGUGGAAUAUCUGAUCUUAGCAGAAAGUAACUUUACCAAAUAUUUCAAAACAAAUAAAGGUCUAGUAAACUAUAUUUCUCGCCUGUUUAUUGAGGUACAAAACAUGAUUGAUACAUUAGAAUUGGGAAUAAAACUUUCUGUGCUCGGAAUUACAAAGUUCACGAAAACAACGGAUCCAUCUUAUAUACAAGAUAGUGUAAUUUCGGGUUACGAACGAUAUCUUCAUGCUUCGGCGUUACUUUCUAAUAUGGCACACUAUUACUGUCAUCAUGCUACUGGUUUGGCUGUAAAUGCUGAUAUUAUCAUGCUAUUUGUCCAUCGUAAAAUGGGCUCGCUAAAUCCUGAUAAUACAGUUAAACUGAAUGUACUAGGCGUUGCGCACACAACCGGUGUUUGCAAGAAAUGUCUUAAAGUUGGCAUCGUCAGUCUCUAUCUACUCAAUUAUGAUAGAGCUAAUAUAGUAGCACACGAAUCAGCACAUUUACUUGGAAGUCCUCACGAUGGGGAAGAUUCCAAAGAAGAAGGAAGUCCUGGAGGAUUAGAUUGUCCACAUUCAGACGGAUACAUUAUGGGAAGUCGAAGAUAUGGUAACGAGAAUAAAUUUUCCAAAUGCUCUAAAGAAUCCAUCAAAUAUACAUUAUCGAAAUCUUCUUGUAUCGAAGUACAAGACUUGAAAAGAAAAAUGUACAGAAAUAGUACUAAUGGAGUGGCUUUGUUAAUCGAUGAAGAAGGACCUGUUAAAAUUGAAGGAAUUGUAAAUUCAAACUUGAGAAUCGUACCGUACGAGUCGGGAAGGGCGGAUAGAGAUGGAAUAAUACCUCAUCAAAUUCUGGAAGUUAUAAGUGACAAAAACUCUUUUGGCCAUGACGAAGUCAUGUCUAUGGGUGUUAAAGAAACUAUGGAGAAAGUGGAGAGAAUGGCCAGAGACGAUCAGUGCAUAGUGGUGGAAUAUCUGAUCUUAGCAGAAAGUAACUUUACCAAAUAUUUCAAAACAAAUAAAGGUCUAGUAAACUAUAUUUCUCGCCUGUUUAUUGAGGUACAAAACAUGAUUGAUACAUUAGAAUUGGGAAUAAAACUUUCUGUGCUCGGAAUUACAAAGUUCACGAAAACAACGGAUCCAUCUUAUAUACAAGAUAGUGUAAUUUCGGGUUACGAACGAUAUCUUCAUGCUUCGGCGUUACUUUCUAAUAUGGCACACUAUUACUGUCAUCAUGCUACUGGUUUGGCUGUAAAUGCUGAUAUUAUCAUGCUAUUUGUCCAUCGUAAAAUGGGCUCGCUAAAUCCUGAUAAUACAGUUAAACUGAAUGUACUAGGCGUUGCGCACACAACCGGUGUUUGCAAGAAAUGUCUUAAAGUUGGCAUCGUCAGUCUCUAUCCACUCAAUUAUGAUAGAGCUAAUAUAGUAGCACACGAAUCAGCACAUUUACUUGGAAGUCCUCACGAUGGGGAAGAUUCCAAAGAAGAAGGAAGUCCUGGAGGAUUAGAUUGUCCACAUUCAGACGGAUACAUUAUGGGAAGUCGAAGAUAUGGUAACGAGAAUAAAUUUUCCAAAUGCUCUAAAGAAUCCAUCAAAUAUACAUUAUCGAAAUCUUCUUGUGUAAUUGAAGAUUGCAAAUCGUAUUAAUUCGUAUA